CGAGCGUACGAGCUAAAGUGCGCGCGCAGCAACAGUAGGAUCGGCUGUAGUUGUAUGGUAGUCUGUAGAGGGCAGGCGCCCCCUCCGCAUCUCUCCGCGUCUGGUCUGGGCCGCAGAGCGGCGCACCGUGUGUCGAGCCGAGCCGAGCCGAGCCGAGUCGGUCAAUACUCCGGGCAACGCGGUGGUGAGAGCACACGACGACGGUCGCCCCGUACUCGUGCACGCCGUCACUCGGAAGCGGCGACUCUCGGUACAGAUUCGUGUCUUUCGUGUCUCGAACGCGUAAUCUCCGCUCGUGCGAGACUCGUGCCGAGCGUCGUCCGGAAGGGACGCCAGCCGGAGGACCGGCCGAUCUAUUCUCGCCGUGACUGCACGCGAACGGACUACGCGUAUGAUACGUACACGCACGCACACGAAAGCGUAACACAGGCACGAGAGAGGAGGAGGACACGCGUGCGAGAGCCAAAGGCCUCCUCGCGCAUCUCGUCGCAUCUCAUCGUAUCUCAUCGUCGUUCUCCUAAAGAUACGCUUUACGAACCGUCUGCCCAGUUGGCAGCCUCCUCGGCUCGAAUCAGCCGCGGCUCGCCUCUCUCCUCCUCCGCGAAUACGACGCUCGUACGAUGCGAGCCUGCUCCGUGGGAGAUUCGUAGGAAGUCGAAGGACAGUGCCAGGACACGUUCCGCGCUGGUGAGGCGACGCGACACGAGACCGCCGCGGGUCUCGCCUGUUUCAUCAACUUUUCCCUCCCUUGCCCUGCCGGUAGUGUCGAAUACGCGGACAGUGGGUGCUAUUCCGUGCGACGAUUCGACGAAUCGACCGUGAAUCCAAACCAGAGAAACUACGUACCUGAUCAACGACAUGCGACUAUGAAUUCCGAAGCGUGAUGGACAAGCUCGCGUACGCAGCCAACAACUUCCAGCUACGCCUCGCCGGCAUACUCAUGGAUAUGUGGAUAUUCUUCCUGUUCGUUGCCAUCGCCGACGUGGCUGCCUCGGUGGAGGUUCACUUCGAGAACAAGGAUGGGGGAUUUUUCUUGAAGCACAUACCGAGGCAAUACUAUCCUGUCCGAGGGGAUUCUAUCUCGUCGAUAUCUCCAUCGACGGGCACGUUAUCUAACGGGGUCCUGUCUCCACCGCCAGGCUCCGUACUCUCGAGAGACAAAUUCACGGUGUUUCAGACGAGCGAGCCGGUGUCCGUUCGGGCGACCUAUGGGCCAUUUAGCACGAAACAGACCGUACCGGCUCGCUAUAUAGUUCCAGAUCCGUUGGACGCGUUACCAGGCCCGGAAACGAGGCGAAACCUAACAGCGGCGACGAUUCUGGACGCGCAGGAGUUAGGUGCGCGUCAUCUGGACAUGUCCGCUCAUCUGGUUGGAAACAGCGUGCCUCGUGACUCGCCCGUGCUAAGAGUGCUCUUUCACGCCGGAAGCGAGGCAGGCGGAAGGCGUCAGUUGCUUCUCGCUCGACAUCAAAGAGUCUGUGUGGUCCUGCACGCGAGCCUGGCCGCUCCAUCGAGGAGCACUGCCAACAGGAACAACAAUGGCAGACCCUCUUCCUCGUCUUCUUCUUCUUCUUCUUCUUCUUCCUCUUCCUCUUCCUCUUCCUCUUCCUCUUCCUCCUCUUCUUCUUCCUCUUCCUCUGGUUCUUCGUCCGCUUCCGCGCUAACGGCAGCGUGCAGCCCCGAUGGAGAGAACGGAGUCUGUUUGGCUCAGAUCACCAUACCAGCCGAUUGGUGGGCACCGUUACCUCCUCCGGACGCUUCUGGCCGGGUCAAGGUCGCCAAGAGCCUGCCCAGGCUCGUGCAGGUAGCUUACUCCGUGCUCGAGCCACGAGCAGAGGAGGCUGGCUCGCCUGACAACGGGGCUGGCUUCUGCAGACCCAGAGUUCAGAUUCAGCCUGUCACGCCACUGGGUCAGGUACCUCUGGCUCCGAACCGGGCCGAUUACAAGGAGCUCAAGGCCGACGAUUCGCUAACACUCCUGGUGCCCCACGGGCCCCUUUAUCCGAGGUCUCGGUUACACGUUCCAGCGUUCCUGCAUCCGUCCAAGGUUACCGAUCCGAGACAGGAAAGGCCACUGAUCGUGAUCGCUGUGUAUCUCAGGGCCAGGGUGAAAUCUGGCGUAAAAAUCUUGGACGCCUCGUCCAGUAAUCCCGACUGGAUCGUCGACAGCAAGAUCAACGCGAAGAACACGAUCGCCACGUUCACUGCCAGGCGAAAGGAGAAUGCAUCGCGAUUACCAAGCGCAUCGGCAGAGGAGAUCCUGACGAUGCUUCUAGAGGCGAGCGAGGAGGGGGUGGAAGGGAAUUGGGAUGGUGGUCGAAUCGUGUGGAGCGUACGUUACGCUUUCGACAACGGCUCUCAGCUAAAUGGGAUGGAUCAACAGCGACUACAGCAGAGACAGAUGCAACACCAUCAUCAUCAUCACGCCGAGAGGCGAAAGCUACAGGUUCGCCUCGAAAUACAGAAAGACGACAUUCAGGCCGUGCUGCCUAUAUCCAAGAACUGGGAGGUGAUGAACACCGCGGUGUUGACGGGUCGCCAAGUGUCCCAGGGGAUGAAGGUCUUCAUCGUAAGCCAGGCCGGAACCGUUGCCGACGUUACGCUGCAAUCCUCCUGUCACUCGGAGGACGAGAGUGUGCUUAAGGUAUCAUCUUCUUGUAGCAGCGUGUACGUGGACGGCACGGAGAUACGUGGCUCCAGCAACGCGUCAGUUCUCGUUAAGUACGGUACAUACACAGGGCUGGCUAAAUUCACAGUUUGGAUGCCGGAAUUCCCUCUGGAGAUGACCGUGGCGGACACCAGAUUAAGUCAGAUUAAAGGCUGGAAAGUUCCCGAAGAACACGCUGUAGGGGCGAAAAGCAAGCGUAGUCUGAACUCUACCAAUUCACGUUCCAACGAAUCCAGCUCGAGAACCAAAAAGAGAAGCGCCGCGGAGUUGGAGGACACUUCGAUGGACAUCGAAGACGCGGAUGUGAUUUUGGAAGAAGACGAGCAGGAAGAAAGAUUUCGAGGAAGCGAUAACGGAUGGGAUACGAUCAAUUCUAUAGAUAGAGGAUCUUCCACCAAUUGCAGACUACGAUUCCAGCAGAGUCCUAUCGAAGUACACGCGAGAUUCCUGGCUACCGACCACGAUUCAGGAAGAGUCUCUUACUUUGUGAAUCGUCGUACCUGGCUACGAGUGACAGAUCUGGUGAAUGGAAUGCUUCGAGUUUCUGAUCCCAGAAUCGCUGACCUCUUACAAGGGAGAAUCGUUCAAGGUCGCGGAGUGGGUAGAACGGAGGUGCAGGUUCUUUCGCCGAUUACGAGCAAAGUAAUCGGCGCGAAGGAAGUGCGAGUGGUUAACGAUCGUGUGGCGGUCACCAGGUUGUCAGUUAGAGUGGUGUCUGGGUUACAACUCGCUAUUAGUCCGGACACUGCUAUAGAAAAUGGAUAUGUCGCGGAGACGUCGGUGACGAGGAAGCUGACUGCUCAGUAUCAGGAGGGACUGCUGGACAUAGACGUGGAAUUUUCUGACGGUACGAGAACACCGCUGAGAGAAAUCGCUGUGAACGACUACCACUUGUUAGUGGAGAGUCUAGACCCGGAAGUGGUGGCAUUCGCUCCGAUGGUCGCUUCUCAUCAUCCUCGAGUGAUUGCGGUCGGCGAAGGGAGAGGCGAUUUGUUACGAGUCAGUCUUCAAUUGGCCGACGCCUGUCGUCUAACCGGCAGGAGGUCUGGAAAAGGAUCUCAAAGAGCGACCGCGGCAGCCCUUGCCAGCGCUUCCGCCAACGUUGAGGUGGACUUUGCCUCGAGCGAUCUUCCCAAUCGACCCGAGUUUGUACAGAAUGACGGAGGUGGAACGGUUGGCUCUCAUCAUCACAGAGAAAGGAAGACCAGCAGGGGAGAGAUGGCUCCUGAUUUGCACGACAUUCUCAUCGGGCGACCGCUGAAAGACGAGAACGGGCACGAGCACGAGCACAAGCACGAGCACGAACCUUUGGUGCAGGCACGGCAGCACCGCACGGCUAUAGCUAAUGGCAUGUCUUCAGGAGGAAUGGGCGGCGUUGGGAUACGGCAUCACGAAGGAGCGCGUUUGAGCCCACUCGAGAUCGGGAUGUACAUCCUUCUGGCAGCCUUCUGUUUCGCCAUCGUCGUCUUCUUCGUCUCCUGCGUGGUCUACGCGAGCAAGUUCAAACCACAGCCGCCGGAUUCUCCGCUAGCCGGGUCAGCGCUUCCGGUACUGUCAGGAGCAGCCAGGGCCAGAGCAGCCGCCAACCAGCUGGCAUCGGGAAGAAGACCUCCCAGAGAGUCUACCACGAACGCGCACGAUUGGGUCUGGCUGGGCAGAGCCACCCUCGAGAGAGCCGCUUGCGGACCGCAACAGGUAAGAGUGACUAGUAACCCCCUAGCUGGUGAGAACGAAGGAGAAGCGGGUGAAUUGGCAACUUGUUUCGACAAUCCCAACCACAUCGAGCUACCUUCGGCGGGACAGCGUAGCAAUGGAUCAGGGCCGAUAGAUACGACGACUUAUUGCAAGAGGGACAAACUCCCACGAAACAGUUUCGCGACGAAGCCUGUAACGAAACCACCUACGGUGGUAUCAGGAACUACAAUCGCUACUUCGGCAUCUAUGGCUACGUCCACCGUGGCUUCUGCACGAAACGACAACGAUGACGUCCCACCACCCUUGCCACCGCACGGAAUCCCCGUAACCUCGGCGAUGGCUUCGACGACUGCAGCUGUUCCCGUCGGCGCAACGACCAACAACAACGGCAACGAGGACUACAAACCGCCCGUACCACCACACAGAAACACAGGAGUGAUCGUACGACUACCGGAAACACCUAGGAAACAUCGUCACAGAGCUUCGAGUAGCAGCGCGGGCGCUCAUCAUGGGAACAAUCAGCGGCACAGCAAGCAGAUUCACCAUAUCAAGCCACACGGUAAAGCUAGAGUAGGUAGUCCGAAAGAGAACGACGCGGAGGAAGAGGAGUUUGUGGAGCUAGUGACUCACGAUGACAACAGGCAUUCGAAGGACGCGAGAGCCAGAGAAGUGAAGAGGGCGACGAUCGUCGGUAAUCCAAUGUUCUCGUCGUUCUCGACGAACGCGAUCGCCUCGUCCAUGAACGUGUCCAGCCCGACCGUGGCCUCAUCGUCCUCGUCGCCGCCUAACUCGUCACCGUCCUCUUCCGCUUCCUCUUCCUCGUCCUCUUCUUCGUCGUCCGCGUCUUCGUCCCACGAGCAAGAGGAAUCGGUGGCGUUGGACGACCUGAACCUGGGCAUGGACUACAACCAGAUCAUGCAGUACUUCGACAACUUAAAAGAGUCGAACGCCUAGGUGAUGGCGUUCGGCCUUGAAGAAGGCCGAGUAGUCAAGGUCGAUACGAAACCCCGGAACCCUCGUUGAGACUAAACGGCAUAGCCGGAUAACGAGCUCGGCUACGUUCUCCGCUUCCUCUCUCGCCGCGUAGCACGUUCGCAAUGGAGAACCAAAAGGGUCGAGCUCGCGCCGUUCGAACGACGCUCCGGACGUUUCGUAUUCUAGGCUAUAAUCUAGUCAGCUUCCUAGCAGCACAUCAAGAGUAUCGCGCAAACGCAUGGACACGAGACACGUUAUACAGACAUACAUACACAGAUACAUACGAGCAAAGAGAGAAAAAGAUAGACGCGAGAGAAACAGGUGUAAGCUGUAAGAGGCGCGCGUAUUUCCAACGCGAAUUAUCGUACAAUACGCGCGACUUCUGGUUGCAAUGCAGUGUACGCAAGGAAUGAUACACGCGCGAGAGAACACGAACAUUCAUAUAUAUAUAUACACAUACAUAUAAACACACGCAGAGGCUUUAAAGAUGUGAUCGCCGGUAGCCGAGGUGGAGUAGGUAGAUCGCGCGCUCGAUUCGACCAGCUUUUCCUUCUCUCUCCUCGACGAUCGAUCGACCGCCGAUCCUCGCUUCCGCCUCCGUGCACUAUCGAUCUCUCGCUCAAGCCCUUCCCUCACGCCAAUCGAACAAACCUCUUUCCCUCGUUCCUGCCACGCGACAGGGCAUUCACCAAAAAGUGGCCGGACAAAAACCGACUCUUUUGUCUCGAAAUCGAUCCUCGGCUUCGAUAGCGACGUUCAAACCGCACGAAUGCCUCGUCUUUUUUAGUCGUCUUUCCAUACCUUUUGUGUUCAUCCGUGCUCUAUCCAUCGUCGGUUCCUAACGAUAAAGAUAAAGCUUCUCCUGAUGUUUUUCCCUCAAGGUUUUUCUGCUAUUUUACCCGUUUUAUUUUCAAGCAUUCGCUAGCGCUCGAGUCUUCCCGACCGUAAAUUCCAGUCGAAGGCCGAGAUCGAUAUCGGAAUGAACGAUCGUCGGGCACAGGGCCAUUUACUCUUUUUCCAAUCUACACCGGGGGAAACGUAAUAUUUAUUCGAUCGUCCGUACGUCAUAAUGUUUGUAAAUUUUGCUUUGUAAGACUGUGUACAUAUAUAUAUUAUAUAUAUAUAUAUAUAUAUAUCGCGACCUAGCGCAUGUUAAUUAUGAACUGUAACAGAUUACGAAGUUACAUUUGUAUGGCAAACUCCAUAGAGCAAACUAACUCGCAUAUCUAAUCGCUCGACGGAGCCGAGCGAAAACGCGAGCACGGGCCGCGUGCACCUUUCUACCUAUCGGCGUUUCCCGUCUAUUCUAAUUCUCCUCGUUUUAUACGGACCUUACCGAAUCGCUCUUCACGCUCUUCGUACGAAUCACCUAUUUGCCAUUCGUACUUUAACCUGUAAUUUUCCACACACGCGCACACAUACACACACAUACGCGCACGCAUAUAUAGACUUAUCUCGUAAAACUAUGGAAAAACCAGAGUUUCGUCCAACGAUGAAACAACGUAUUCUGAAAUCUCCUUAGCUUGUUAACCGGAGAGGUCGAGUAGGCUCAAUUUUCUGGAAUGUAACGAUCUUUUGAGUUAUAAAUAUCCUAUCUUUUAAUGCGUCGUAUCGUUUCUACUAAAAAUAAGUUACGUCACGUUUAUAUUCGAAGAUUACAUGGGAAAAACACGACCAGUCCAUCCUUGCUGAUAAGUUCUAUUUUUUUUUUUUUUCGAUUGCUAAACAGAAAUACUUUAAUUAACGCGAUACAAUUGGAGGGAGGAGUCGCAAUUGCAAAACCAACGGCGCAAUUAAUUAAUUACGACCGUCAAUGGCUAUCGGUGUUUCAGUUUCGCUUGUUGAAUCUUUUCUGAAAAUAUCGCGCAUCUUUCCGCGUUGUUGAAGCAAAAACGAGAUCGCUAUAUAUAAAUGCGAACACGCGUAACACAGUUAAACGGAAUUAAUUUCCAAGAAAUGACCUGGUUAACGAGUUAAGGAAAGCCGAACCGUGUAGAUUAUUAGAAGAUUUGCGAGCUGCAAAGUGGGAAACGCUAAUCUCCUAGACGAGCUCGCACCGGCCCGAGACGCUGCUCCGGUAUCGCUUUUAAUUACCAUUCAACCCAUCGAUUGGAUUCCGCAAUUGUCCUCGUACGUGCCACCGAUCGCGAGUGCUCGUUUUAAACGCGUCGCGAGUCGAGGCACGUGCUUCCCCGCGUGAAUGCGAGCGUAAUCGCAUCUGUGCCAUCGUUAGUUACAUCGUAGAGACGCGUCCUCGUCCAUGUUCGUCUAUACAUAUACAAAUACACGUUUACACCCAGAGAGAAAGAGAGACUGGAAUGGAAUGAAUCUGUAUGAGAGAAUAUGAAUGAAUGGAUUAGAGAGAUAUGCAAAUGCAAAAUACACGCACACCUUAUAGCCUUCGUUCUUCCGCACUGAUUUGAUUUCCUACUUGCGAAUCCAAUCGCACGCCUCCUUCUUCCCUGCGAUCGUCGAAGAUCAUCUAACAGGCAAACCCAUGUUCCAGACUAAUCAUUUUUUACUCUUACGAAGGUUAAUAGGAACGAAUACUUAAGAAAGGAAGAAUUUUCGUGAAAUGAUUAUCCUUUAAAAAUACGACAGAAUUCAUCCGCUAUUCGUUCAUCGUACAUAAAGAAUAAAUGAACUUAGUUGAUAUCUGACUAAGCUAACUCCUGUUAUACGAACGUAUAUUCUUAUAACGAAUGUGCAAUUAUUUGCUUGUAUCAGUAAUAAAUUCUAUACGAAGACUACCGAGUCUUUUAUAGGAGAACACCGUCAAAGUUCGAUAGUUUGAUAACGAUGUAGGAAACAAUUUUCCUUAACGUGGGUUGCCUGUACGUAAAAGAUUAUCGAGUUAAACGAAACGAUUAAAUCUUAAGGCGAACAGCCAAGGCGCGCAGGAAUCGCAGCAAUCCGAUCUAUAAACCAACGGAUCCCUGAAGGGUCGCUCUAUCUUAUAUAGGCAUUUAAGGACUACGUGUCUAAGUAUGUAUGUAUCUGUAAGUUGUGUGUUAGCAUGUCAAGCGUGGGAUAUAGUGAUGUAAUGCCGAUAAACACAAUGAAAAAAAGAGAAAAGACGCUCGAGUCGGCGUUCGAAAGCGUGGAGGCGCGUCGACGUGGGCCACGCACGUUAACCCUUUGCGAUCUUACGUCGACUAAAUAAGAGAAUUAUUUUAUUAAUCGUAUUCUCAUUAAGGCCUCUACAUUUCCUAAUCGAUUGUGAAUAACGUUUAUUUAAUUAACUUUCGAUUUCUACUAACAUUCCUUCGCCUUUUUUUUGUUUUUAAUUCGUACAUCGUGUCGUGAACGAAUGUCCUUACCUUUAAAGAUAACUGCAAAGGGUUAAAAGGUGCUGCAGACAACGUAAGAUACCCCGCCGAGAAUCUAGUCUUAUAGCGUAACUAAUGCAUUAAUUAAUAAAUACUAAUGAACGCGAAGCGCGAUCUACGUUGCCUUUCGCCUGACUUAAACGUAUCCUCGAAUCGUCUGGCGGGGUGAAGUGGCGUCGUUAUCGCAGCUCUGCCCGCGGCCAUCCUUUCCUUUUCCUUCGAGGAGCAUCGAGAGACGACUCUUCGUUUCCGAGAUAGCGAGUCGUUAAAACGAAUCAAUCAUAUCGAGUACCGUGAGUGAGAGACGCGCUAAUUAUAUUUACUUAAACGUAUGCCAGGGAAUCUCGUCCUUCGGACGAGACGAGAAAGGAAAAAUGGACGAAAACAUCCCCGUAGGACGAGGAAUCCCGCGCAGAGCCGGAAAAAAAUAGUAUUUACGAUAGAAAAUAGUGGAGAGCUUGCGAAGCUGUUUCACGCGAAACGAACGCUGUUGAAUGUUUCGCUUGCCGCGAUGUUACGAAGAAAAAAGAAAAAAGAAAAAGAAAAAAAGGAAGAAGCGAAACCGCCCCCGAUUCGCCGUUACACACUAUCAACGUACAAACGAUCUUACAGUUACUAUUUUUUACUUAGAAUACUAUUUCCUCCAGCUCUGGCCACGGCCGAAACAUUGUAUAUAUAUAUACGCAUUUCCUUCUGUUUUCUCGUUCAAAAGUCAGAAAAAUCUAAACUCGCGUAAGAGAAACUGUGUGACGUUCCUCGGAUCGCUUUUGGUAACUUUAUCCGUUCGUUCGAUCAUUUUCAAACGCCUUUCGUGAUCGUUUUGCGAUUACAGAAUGGUAAAAGUGAAGCUUAAAGCACGAUGCAACUCGUAACGCCGAAUUUUAUAAUAUACGAUACUAUCUCCUGGAGCUUUGUUUGGCGCAAACGAAAUCCGCACGUCCUAGAGGCGGAAGCAUUCUCACACAGGGGGCACCCUGUUUAAGUCGAAACUGCCGGUCUCUCUUUUCUCCUUUUUUUUAUUUUUGAUAAGUUCCCACCGAUCAGGGAGGAUUAUAUUAUAAAUAUAUAAAUAUAUAUAUAUAUACAUAUAUUGUAAUGGAAUAUCGUCGCAAUGCUGACUAUGCAUUCACACACAUUCCUCAGACACGAUGUCGCUGUAUCUACGUUAAGUGUGAUAAAUGCGGAUAAAAUAGAUAAACGAUUGACGAGGCGUCGACGGCAAUGACGGCGACGGCGACGGCGACAAAACACGACGAGGACGGCGAUGACGACCGCGUCCACGACGACGAUGGCAAUAAUCGACGAUGCUCUCGCGAAUCACUAUCCCCUCUCGCUAUACACAUAUCUAUUUAUCGUUCUUCUAAAUGGGCACGGAUUUAUCGUAAAAUCCGUUACCAACGUCAUUCACUUUGUACUUAUCGAUUAGUAUGUAUAUUUAUUGUAUUAUGAAAAUGAUUAUCUUUAAUCUAUCACGAUCAUAAUCAUCGUUGCUGUUAUUGUUAUUGUUAUUGAGAUUGUUGUUGUUGCUGCUGCUAUUGUUAUCGCUGUUUUCGCCGCGUUUCGCCCUGUCGUUUGGGGUUGCCGUCGUGGUGGACGUCGCCAUCGCCAUCGGCAUCGGCGUAACCGAUACGCUAAUUAAACAAUAAGAUACGACUAUCGCCUACUCAAUGUACAAUAUGUAGUAUUUACCUGUUGUUACCACCAAACCGUCAUCAAAGAUAUAUAAAAUAUUGUAAUUGUAA